CUAUUUCCAAAUAAACACUGCAGGAAAAUAAACUUCAAAAUGCUUUGAACUAAAAUAAAAUAAUCAUAAAAAAAAUCUAUAUUACUGCUGAAACUAGUGGCAAGUACAAAAAAAAUGUUUGUUUUGUUUUUCUGGUUCGGCGAUUGGUGCCACUUGGGAGCUAGCAUGUGUACCACGUGACCCGAGUGGUGUGGGCCUUGUUUGUUGAGCCUGACACACACACACACACACACACGCACAGAGGCAGAAAAGAAAAAUGGCGGCUGUAAGCGAUUCGGAACGGGACGCCGGGCUAACAUUUUGAGCUUUCACAGCCGACAAAACGCACGGGGGUUGCGGGCUUGCAUGCUCAGCGCCACCUCCGACAGCUCCGGUAACGCGGGGGGGCCUCUUUUCGCUCGCUUCCUCGUCGCCAAAGCGGACGCAAUCAUUGCGAUUGUAAAACAGUCGCGUUCCUUACGCCUAUCAUGAGAGGGAAAAGGGGCAGGCCGCCCAAGCCGCUCGCAACCGAGGAGCAGUCGCCAAGUCCGGCCGCUGCGAGGGGUUUGCGGCCGAGGAGAAAUAUCAAGCCUCGCUUCCGAGACAGCGGGGACGAGGAGGUCGACAAGAGUCCCGUUCGGGAAGUGGCCAAGCCGGCCAGGAAAAAGAAAGCGGCCUCUGUCAUAUCGACGCGAGGCAGGGGACGAGGGAGAGGUGGCCGUGGAGGAAGAGGAGGUCGUGGCGGCGGCGGUGGCGGGGGCGGCGGAGGAGGCAGGAAGGCGCCUGGCCCCAAAACGGUGGUGUACGACGACCACGAGAGCGACGAGGACGACGACGCUGUCAGUUUGAGGUCCGAGGAGGAAGAGUUGGUCGAGGAGGACCCUCAGUCCGACGAGGACGAGGCCCUCAAAGAGGACUCGGACUGCCUUGAUGAUGUCCUGGACGAGCAGGAGGAGGAGGUGGACGAGGAUGCCAGCUACUGUACGGAGAGUAGCUUUCGGAGUCAGAGCACACACGCCAGCACUCAGGGGAGAAAGAAGGCCCAAGCCCCCCGACCUCGCACUCCCAUUCUGGAGGAGAAAAACAUUCCCUCUCUUGAGCUACCUGGAUCUUCAGAGGAUCUCCUGGUGCCUAGCGAAGAGCUGCUAAAUGCAACCUCCAUCUAUGAGGUGCUUCGGAACUUCAGCACGGUGCUGCGACUGUCCCCCUUCCGUUUUGAGGACUUUUGUGCGGCACUCAUCGGCCAGGAACAAUGCACUUUAAUUGCCGAGACUCAUAUUUCUUUGCUGAAGGCCAUCCUCCAUGAAGAGGAAACCUCCAACACUAGCUUUGGGCCUGCUGACCUAAAAGACAGCGUCAAUUCCACUCUGUACUUCAUUGACGGCAUGACGUGGCCUGAGGUGCUACGUGCAUAUUGUGAGAGUGACAGAGAGUACCACUAUGUCCUCCCAUAUCAGGAACUGGACGAUUAUCCUUAUGGUCCCGUUGAAAGUAAAAUCAAGGUGCUUUUGUUCCUGGUGAACCAGUUUCUCACCACCAACAUUGCCCGUGAUGAGUUGAUGUCUGAUGGUGCCAUGAAAUAUGACGACCAUUGUCGUGUUUGUCAUCGCCUGGGUGACCUGCUCUGCUGUGAGACUUGCGCUGCAGUUUACCACUUGGAGUGUGUUAAGCCACCGCUGAAAGAGGUUCCGGAAGACGAGUGGCAGUGUGAGGUCUGUGUGGCACAUCAAGUACCCGGAGUUACAGACUGUGUGCCCGAAGCGCAGAAGAACAGGCCCUACAUACGCCAGCAGCCUAUUGGAUAUGAUCGGCACCAGAGGAAAUACUGGUUUCUCAGCAGAAGAAUUAUUGUUGAAGAAGAUGGAGAACAUGAGAAGAAAAAGAUCUGGUAUUAUAGCAGUAGAGCCCAGCUCCAAGAGCUCCUAGAGUGCCUGGAUAAGGAUUACUGGGAGAUGGACCUUUGUGCCACUCUGGAGGAGAUGAAGGAAGAAGUGCAUACGCACAUGGACAUCACAGAGGACCUUACUAACAAAGCGUGCGGAAACAAUAAAGCCUACCUCACUGCUGUCAAUGAGACCGCUACAGAACGUCUAAAGAUCCGAUGCGAAGCACGGAAAACAAAUGAGCAAGCUGAGGAAGUGAAGCCUCAAGCAGAAACAAGUUCUGGACAGACAGUGGAGAAUUCUGCCAAGGUCACGUCACAGCUUAGUGACGGAGAACACAAUGACACUGAGCCCCAGGGGACCACGACUUCACCAGCAGCCAUCAUUUCACUUGGUGUACGGGAGAGCUGCGCGUCUUAUUCGAAGUCCAGCUCAACCCCACAGGAUUCAACAGAAUUUCCUAAUUCAAACAUAGAAUCCCAGGAGAGUGGGGAAUUCCCUCCAGUGGCAAAGCAGGAAAGAACAGAUGAAACGACAAAAUCUGAGUUGAGCAGUGAUUGCGUGCAAGCACAAACCCGUGACGAGCAUCCAGAAGCAGGUCAUCAUUUCUCCGAAAGCUGUACUCCUAGUAAAUCAGAGCAGCCGGACCUGUUUGAGAGGUCCUCUCAGUCUUCUUUUACCAGCCAAGAUGGGACAGAGGAGUACAAUGAAAAUCCAAGGAGCAAUAAAGCACCUGCAUCAGCACUAGAAACUAAGAACCAAACUCCCAGAAAAAGCAAAGAGUCAUCCCCUGUGCGACCUGAUGUUGAAACUUCACAUUCCAGCUUUUUCAAAAGUGACCUUGCUGUAAAUUUCAACAACUUGUUCAAACUGGGUCAGGAAGGAAAAUAUAGGGUGUACCACAACCAAUAUAGCACCAACGUUCUGGCUCUCAACAAGCAUCAGCACCGGGAAGACCACGACAAAAGGCGCCACCUCUCCCACAAAUUCAGCUUGACGACUGCGUCUGAGUUCAAGUGGAAUGGCUCCAUCUACGGAUCCCGGAGCCAGACUAUCACCACCCUGCGUUUCAACAUCAUCCAGCUAGAAAGCAAUGUUCCACCACCAUUUAUGCACCUUAACUGGGCAUCACACAGAACCAACUGGAACAAAGCAGUGCAAAUGUGCAGCAAGGCUAGGGAAUUUGCUCUGGCGUUGGCCAUACUGGAGUGUGCCAUCAAACCAGUUGUCAUGCUGCCCGUGUGGAAAGAAUCUCUCGGGCAUACAAGGCUCCACCGGAUGACCUCCAUGGAGCGUGAAGAGAAAGAGAAGGUGAAAAAACGUGAGAAAAAACUAGAGGAUGAGGAGACACUGCAGCAGGCCACAUGGGUGAAGUACAGCGUUAACAUCAAACACCAGGUGUGGAAGCAGAAAGGUGAAGAGUACAGAGUGACAGGGUAUGGUGGCUGGAGCUGGGUCAGUAAGACUCGCGUACCACGCUUUUCCCCUAAAUUACCAGGAAACACAAACACAAACUACCGAAAAGAACUGGAAGCCAAAAUAAGCAAGGAAUAUGUUGCUUCCACAAAUAAACCGAAAAAGGCAGAGGAUGAAAUGCAGACUACUCAUAGUAUAGCAGAGGAAAAGCAGCGGGUUCUCAUUAGUGUACCAGCUCAAAACUCAUCAGAACAGGAAAAGCCAUUGAAAAAGGAAGCGAAGUCCACGGAAGGGGCGCAACAAAAGAUAAAAGAUGAGAUGGAGGUUGAACCCAGUCUGAAUAUCACACCUUCAAAUGAAGAAAAAGAGCAUGUUGAAAACAAAGGCCCUUCCAUGCCUGCUGUGCAGCCUGUAAAAGAAGAGUCGAUCCAGAAAGAUGACCAAACCAAGGAGGAGACUACUGCGCCAAAGCCUUUCUAUGACGUUGUCAACGUCAGCGAAGGAUUCCAUUUGCGAACGUCUUAUAAGCAGAAGGUAAAACCUUCCAAACUGGAUGGACUCUUGGAGCGACGUGUCAAGCAGUUCACCUUGGAGGAGAAGCAGAGACUGGAGCGAUUGAAACAAGCAACCCCUCUCUCAAAAAUGGCUUCCGCACGGCCUACUAUUGGAGUUAAGUCUGAAGGAAUUGUAUCAGCUAAACAGCCGCCUGCUCCCAGCCCGUGUAUUAAAGUUGCAGAAAAGGAGGAUGAAAAGCAGUUGAAAGACCCUGUUGUUAAAAUGUUGGACUUUGAAAAGGAAGGUAAGGAGCUCAAAAUAAACACGGAUAUCAAAUCUGACUCCACAGUGAUCAACCACAACAUGCAGAGAAAAAUCGGUAUUGUGCAUGGGAAUAGUGGAGGUGCUGGUGUGCACAAAGAAGUGAACGGAGGAUCCACAGAAAACACUGGGCUCAACGGUAAAAACAGUAAUAAAUCCGAAGCAAUAGAAAGUCAGGAGAAAAUUCAGAAACAAGAGGUGGCACCAGAGAACACAAAGAAACGUAGCUUUGACGAAAUGGAGCAAGGCAGUAGGCAGACUGAUGGGGAGCUCCCAGAGGCCGACCAAAGCAAGAUCAAUGCAGAGCAGGUGAAUGGAGAAACUUUGAUCACUGCUCCUUCUAAUUUGAACAUUACCCCCGACCUGAAGAAUCAAGUCCAAGGUGACAACAAAGAGCCCGUCAAGUGUCUAAUGAAUGGAAAUCUCUCCCAAAAUGAUGCUUCCUAUGACGGUCAUCCACCUCCCACAAAGUUCCCCAAAUUAGACAAUCAUGUAGCAGACAUAGGAGAUUCUCAAAAUGCUGUAAGUAAUAGUAAGGAGGUGUUUGUAGGUUCGGAAGAGGCCGUGUCAGCUACAUUUCAAUCUUCAACUGGCUCUUGCCUUAAUUAUAGCGACAAGGGCAGUAGUAUAAAUGAUGUAAAGACAUCCACACAAAAUGCCCUAGAGUCUCACAACAUUCAAACUUCUGCAGCAAAUAAUACCGUCUCUUCCACUCCAACCUCCACCAAUAAACCAGCGUCAACCGUUACUAGUGCAAAACUGGGCACCGCUACUUCAGUCACAAGCAACUCCAUGAUGAUAAGCAAAGAGUACACCACCACUGAGAGAGUCAGUCUUCUCAAGUUUGCCAAAUGUAAGAAGGCACGAUCAGGCACAGCCCUGCCAUCCUAUCGCAAAUUUGUGACCAAAAGCAGCAAAAAGAGUAUAUUUGUCCUCCCCAAUGAUGACCUGAAGAGGCUUGCGAGGAGAGGAGGCUUCAGAGAGGUUCCCAUCUUCAACUACAAUGCCAAGCCAGCCCUGGAUAUAUGGCCCUAUCCCUCUCCUCGGCCCACAUUCGGAAUCACUUGGAGGUACCGUCUUCAGACAGUGAGAUCGCUGGCAGGGGUUAGCUUGAUGCUCAGGUUACUCUGGGCCUCUCUAAGGUGGGAUGACAUGGUCGUGAAGCCCUCUGUUGCUGUGGGACUCACACGGAAAGAAACUACAGACACAGAUGUCACCACAACAGAGAUAAUAAAACGUCGAGAUGUGGGGCCUUACGGCAUCUACUCGGAAUAUUGUAUCAGGAAGAUUAUUUGUCCCCUUGGAAACAGGGACACGCCAAAAGAAAAUCCAACUCCACAAAGGAAAGGGCUGCGAUCAAGUGCUUUGAGGCCCAAGAAACAGGAGUCCACCAAGCCAACUGGACCUAUUGCUGUGGAGACAUGGAUUCCUGAAGAGGAUCUGGAACUGUGGGAGAUUAGAGCGUUUGCAGAAAAAUUAGAGAAGGAAAAAUCACAGGGUCAAGAUUCAUCCAAGACAGUCAGUACUCUGAAGAGUGUGGAGGAUGUCAAGGCACAUUUGGAGAAUCAGCUUAAACAAACUAGGAUGGCUGCCCAGCAGAAACGCUUUGAGCAACAAGGCAUUCCCACAGCAACAACAACCACCACCACCACUACCAACACCACCUCUUCCAGUACUUCAAGUUCUGUUAGUACGCCUGUGUCCACAGGCCAUAGAGUAGGUCAGGUCACAUCAGGGACCAAGAUGGUCUUGGCCUCCAAACUGGGCUCUCCAGUAUCACUGCAACAAGACAAGAACUUCCACCAGUCUUUUGCCACCUGGGUCAGGCAGGGUCAGACCAGUACUAAUACAGAUGAGCGGAAAUGUACCAGCAUAUUCCCUUCUGGGCCACCCGCAAACCUUAGAACAUACAGUACACUCCAUCCUACAACUGGCAAUAUCAAUCUCAAAGCCUCCAACUGUGCUGCAUCCACACAACAACAGUUGAUUAAAGCAGGAAGCCAAACACAACUUGGAGCAAGUCCAAUGUUGGUUUCACAAGGCCAUUCCCAACAGGUCCAGAUGGGCCAAGGCUCAGUUGGAUCUGCAUCUGUGUCUGGCUCUACUCCUGUGCAGACAAGUGAAGGUCAGAGAGCUGCAGUUCCUGUGCCGUCCCCUUGCGCAACAAGUGCAGAGCUUGGGCAGCGCCCUGUGGCUCCAUCCCAGCCCGGUAGACCACAGCAGGGUCAAGUCAAACUCACGAUGGCACAGCUCAUGCAGUUAACCCAGAGUGCUCAGGGAGGAAAUCCAGGUCUCACGGUGGUGAUUCAGGGACAAGGCCAGACUGAGGGCCAGCUGCAGAUUGUCCCACAGGGUGUAACGGUUACCCCUACCCCCGGUCAGCAACUGAUGCAGGCAGCUAUGCCCAAUGGCCAAGUCCAUCGCUUCCUCUUCACACCCUUGCCACCAUCUUUACCAGUUUCAACUUCGGCACCCACUGCAGCUAUGCCUGCACAGCCUGCAGCAUUAGAGAGGCCUCAAACCCAGAUAUCAACUCCUGCUCUACCUAGGUCCACCGUCCAGACUACUCCUUCAGCCUUGGCCCAGACGCAAAUGGCACCCCCUAUUCCUGCUUCAACACAACCUAUUCCACCUAUUUCUUCACAGUUUAGUCCACAUUUGAGUUCCACACCACCCUCUGUCCCUAUACAACCCCAAGUGUCAACCUCUGUUCCUACAACAGUCCAAGUUCCACAACCGCCAGUACAACCCCACAUUUCAGCACAGUCAUCACAAUUAUGUCCUGUUGCAGUCCAGGCUUUGUCACAAACACUAGUUUCAUCUUCCUCAACAGCCUCUUCCCCCGUACAAUCAGAGGUUGGAAAAUCGGUGCCUGCCUCACAACACAAUGCAGGGCAAACAACUGUGAUCAAAACCCAAAUAUCAGACCAAACUCAACCAGCAGCGUCUGUGGCUCUUGCAGGACAAGUUACACCCCAAUCCCAGAUCAAGGCACAAACUUUGUCCACCUCCUCAGCUUUCACAUCAGCUCCUGUCCAGAUGCAUGUUACUUCUUCUGCCCCUGCUUUUGUCCCUCUCUCAGGCAAUACUGCUGUCCAAUUUAACUCUACCCAAGUGCAGUGCAUUUCUGCGUCAGGCCCCUCCCCUGUCCACAUUCCAACAUCAGCCCUCACUCCUGUCUCAGGUGCUGUCAUCGCUGUGUUGUCCAAUCAAAUUGGCGUUCUGUCCCCCGCUAAAGCACAAAACCAAAUUCAAACUGUAGCUCCUCGUCCUCUUAAUGCUGCUGCGGCAAACGCCGUGGUCACGCCGGUCACAGCUACAUGUACAACACCUUCAGUGCCAGCACUUAUAGAGCAGAAAGCAGCUCAGCCCCAGGUUUUGAAACCGGCUUCAUGUGAAGCCCAGAUUCCAGUCCAUUCUGUUCAACAGGCAGCCAUUCCCAAUCCACCUGCCCUAACUGCAGUUCCUGCUUGUACCCUGGCAUCAGGUUCCACACCCAUAUCCUCAUUGCCUCAGGCAUCUCUUUCCUUGCAAUCUCAAGUCCAACACCCUGCAGUCGUGUCUGUGCAGCAGGUGUCUCAAAUUCCUCUCUCUGCUGUGCAGCUUCAAAUGAAGGCAUUACCCGUCUCCUCUGUAAUGACUACAGUUAGACAGCCCCAAGCUUUCAAUCAAGUGCAGUCUCGACCUCCAAACCAAAUCUGUGCACAGAUUCAGGUCCAACCUUGUGGCCAAGUCCAACAAAUGCAACACAUUCAAUCGCCACCUCAUCUCCAGUCGCAAGCACAAAUUCACCCCCAGAUCAGAGUUCAGUUCCAGCCACAAACUCAGCAACCAUCACAACCCCAAGUGCACCAGCUUCCCCAAAUUCAACCCCAGGUACAAUUUCAGUCCCCAAAGCAAACCUUGCCCCAGGUUCAAGUUCCACACCAACCAAGGGUUCAACCCCAGUACCAGUCAAAGGUACAAAGUUCACUUCAAACACAAGUGCAAACCCAACCUCAGGCUCAGCAACAGGCUCAGGCUCCAAUCCGACCUCAAAUGCAGACCCAGGUUCAGGUCCAAUUUCAGCAACAGAACAAGAUUCACCCUCUUUCUCAUGCUUCGCAACAACCUCAAGUACAAAGUCACUCCCCAGUUAAAAGUCCAAUUCAAACCCAAACUCAAUUCAAAGCACAGUCGCCAACCCAGGUUCAAGUACAAACUCAACCCCAGGUGCAAGCGCAGGUUCAAGUUCAGUUUCAAUCUCCGAACCAAACUCAUGUUCAAGCUCAGACUCAGCUUCAGGUCCAACCCCCAAUUAGGCAUCAGCUCAUUACUGUUCCAGGACUUCAACAACCAGUCCAACUGUUGUCAGCUCUUCCAUCACAUGUUGCAGCCCAGAUACAAGCUCAGAUCCAAGCACAGGCACAGCAGCAAGGUGGUGCAGUUCCUCAGCAAAUCAAACUGCAACUGCCUAUCCAGAUUCAGCAGACAGGGGGUCAAAUUCAAGCCCACCAAAUCCAGAACAUGGUGACCAUACAGGCACCAACAAGCCUGAAAGACCAACUGCAGAGGAUGCCGCAACACAGAGACCAGCAGCAACCCCAGAAGCAGCAGUAUCUGCAGCAACAACAACCUCCGCCACCAAAGAAGAAGAAACCUCAAGAGAAUAAAAAGGAGCAAAAGGAUCAAAAUCAGUUGCCAGUGAGCCCAGGAGAUGGCUUUCCUAAACAGGUGGCAACGAAGCAGAGUGUUACAGCGGAACAGCUAAAACAGAGGAAAACUCUUGCUGCAGCUGAACGAGAGGAGAACCAGAGAAUGAUUGUGUGCAACCAGGUGAUGAAGUACAUUCUUGAUAAGAUCGAGAAGGACGAGAAGCAGGCGGCUAAGAAAAGAAAGAAGGAGGAGGUGGUGGAGCAGAAACGCUCUAAGCAGAAUGCCACUAAGCUCACGGCGUUGUUGUACAAGCACAAAGAACAAUUGAAGGCAGAGAUUCUAAAAAAGAGGGCGCUGCUGGACAAGGACCUUCAGCUUCAAGUGCAGGAGGAGUUGAGGCAAGACAUUGCAAGGCUACAGAAAGAAAAGGAGAAGGCCCGAACUGCCAUUGCCCAGGCUGCGGCUGCAACUGUCAAGCAUCCUCUCACUCCUCGCACUCCUCUCACUCCUCGCACUCGUCCCACCCCUCACACUCAUCUCAACCCUCUCACUCAACACAUUCCUCUCACAGAACCCACACUGAAGCCCCCGUCCUCAUCGCACAAACGUAAGCGAGAAGAGGAGCGAGACAAAGACAGAAACAGGGACAAGAAGCGGCAUCAUGACAAGAAACGGGAACGGGACAAAGAGCGGGAUCGGUACAAAGAUAGAGAAAAAGACAGAGACCGUGAUCGAGAGAAGGAGAGAAUGCGAGAGCAAGAGUAUACUCGACUUCAGGACAGGGAGAAGGGCAGAGAAAGGGACAGAGACAAGGACAGAUACCCCUUUGCAUUAAAACACAAGAAGAAAAAGCUCUCCUCUACCUCAAAGGAUCACAAGAAGGACAACAAACUGUACUGUAUCUGCAAAACACCCUACGAUGAGUCCAAGUUUUACAUAGGGUGUGACCUGUGCUCCAACUGGUUCCACGGUGCAUGUGUGGGCAUCACUGAGAAGGAAGCCAAGAAGUUAGAGGACUUUGUGUGUAAUGAUUGUAAACGGGGCCAUGAAGGAGGAAGCAAGGAGGAGCUCUACUGCAUCUGUCGGACACCAUACGACGAAUCACAGUUUUACAUCGGCUGUGACCGCUGCCAGAACUGGUAUCACGGGCGCUGCGUCGGAAUUCUACAGAGCGAGGCUAAUCACAUCGACGUGUACGUCUGCCCGCAGUGUCAAUCGACAGAAGACGCCAUGACGGUCCUCACGCCACUUACAAACAAAGACUAUGAGGGCUUGAAAAGAAUAUUACGCUCCCUACAGUCUCAUAAGAUGGCGUGGCCUUUCCUUGAACCGGUGGAUCCUCACGAUGCGCCUGAUUAUUAUCGUGUCAUUAAGGAACCAAUGGACUUUUCCACAAUGGAAAGCCGUUUACAAAAGCGCCACUACCAUAAGCUGACAGAGUUUGUGGCCGACGUGACCAAAAUAUUUGACAACUGUCGCUACUACAACCCCAAUGACACACCCUUUUUCCAGUGUGCAGAAGUGCUCGAAGGCUUCUUUGUACAGAAGCUAAAAUGUUUCAAAGCUGGCAGAUUGUCAGAUUCUUAAGUGGGCCAGUCUAGCUGAAGUCUGGGCUGGAUGCUUGUCUCUCUAGUAAUCAUGGCAAGAUUGUUCCGUAAUCACCGUAAUGUGGCAGCCAUGUUGACAUUAGUCCAUCAGUUCAAUGAUGAGGAUCCUUUUUGACAAACGUUCACAGCAGUCAGCAUUUUUACGGGGACUUUUAAAUACAUUUUACCCAAUUUGUGUUUAUUUUCUGAAGUACUGUACACCUCGGUCAAAUUGGAUUUGUUUUGAAUCAAGCUUACCAGCUGUAAAAGUACACAAGCUGCAUAUUUUAUUACAGAGAUAUUUAUGUAUCACUUGGCUCCAGUUCUUUGGUUUGAGCAGUGUUGAAGAUAUAUGUACAUACUUUUAUCAUGUACAGUGGUUGUGAUAUAUCUUGUUUUUAAACAAUCUAUGAAAGUAAAUCCGAGCAACAUGUCUUGCCAUUCUGUUCCUCCACUUCCUAAACGUAAAAGAGUGUAGUUUGCAAAAAAAAAAUUGUCAUCAAUGAAAUAGGCAUUCCCCGUGGCUGUAGGAUCAUCUUCCAGGGAGGCCUUUGCAUCCACUGUCUGUGCGAUCAUAUUCCACAUUUGACAACAACCAAGAAUGUGUAAAGGUCUCUGAACUUCACCCUCUCUCCACAUGUUUUAGGUCUCAUAACAACAAGCUACAGUCUCCAGCCUCUUAAAGCGCACGGCACAUUGGUGAUGCGCUGAAAAACUAAAUGCACUUGCCAAGAUGUUUGGCUUUUUCGACUGUCCCUCUGUGACACAUCCUGGUGUUGGGGAUGUGCUCCUUUAAGUGCGCAACCAAGCACUGCUGCUUUCACAAAGUUGGUCAGGCGAACCGUUUCAGCUCCAAGGGACCUUUUUUUUUUUUUUUUUUUUGUACCAGUCUUCAUGAGCGGAACUGUACAGAUGAGCUGGCAUUUCACAAGAAACUUUACCUCGGAGAAAGGACUCACCAAGGAGCUCUCGUGUUUCCAUGUAUUAUAUUUUUGGGGUCAUGUGUGUUUGGCUCUUUUUCUUUGUUUUUGUUCAAGUCCCUCUGGCCAUCUGUAUGGUCAACUUGUUCAAUGACAAGUAGGAAAUGGAAUAUAAUGGCUGAGUUUUACUGAGCAUACUAAAGAAUUGUGUCGCUAAAUCCUUUUUGUACUAUUUCCAUUGUUCAGGCUGAAGUGGCAUGAGAAGACUGUUCAGUACAAAAUGUCUGGAAAACAGUAGAUGCUUGUUAGGCUCUUUACCUUGCUCUGCAAUAGUGACUCACUUGAGAAUGAUGAAUCUGUGUUUGAAGGUUCCUGCUCUGUUAAAAAAAAAAAAGGGGGGGGGGAGUCUGAUUUGGACUUGAUUUUGACUUUUUUUUUUUUACAGCUGAGGAAAUAAUGGAUGUAUAUGGAAGUUAAUAAAAAGCAUAAAUAUU